AUGGCCCUCCUGGCUCUCACCCUGACACUACUGGCAAUGACCGCGGUCACCGAGGGUAUAACGAUGAAGCGCCUGAACAUGGCCCCAGACUCCUUCGAUGACCAGUACGAGGGCUGUGGCCCUGCCAUGAGGGCAAAGCUGCCAGCCCUGCUCCACACUGAGUUCCAGAAGAAUCCUCUCUUUGCCCAGGUCUGGCAAAAUGCCGAGGCAAAGUGGCAGAGUAAGGAGUCCCCUGUGUCCCCUCUGUCGUCCCCAGCCCAGGCCAUCGCCAUCAUGGCCUACACCAUGAAUGAUCUGUACAAGGAGUUCAACGACCAAGUGAGAGUGGCUGGGCACUCCCCCCAGGAAUACCGGGACAAUUUUCACUUCAAAACUCUGCAUUUCCUGCUGACCGAUGCCCUGGUCACGCUGAGGGCUACUCAGGGGCAGCAAUGUUACUGGGUGUACCGGGGGGUGCACGACAUCAAGUUCAAGGCAAAUGUUGGGGACAUCGUCCGGUUCGGUCAAUUCGCGUCAUCGUCUCUUCGCAAAAAUGUUGCCGAAGUAUUCGGGACCACCACGGUUUUCAAGGUGCAGACGUGUCACAGUGCAUACAUCCAGGCAUUCUCCUAUAUUCCCAGAGAGGCGGAGGUGCUGAUCCCACCCUUUGAGAAGUUCAAGGUCACCGAAGUCAUUGAAGAUGAGGAGAAGGUGGAGAUCCACCUCGACUCUAUCGGGACCAACAGCGCAUACAACUGCGAGUGGCUGACAGGUGGGAGCAUCCCCAGGAUCCCUACCAGCUCAGAGGACGAUCACCAAGGCCACCAGGACAGCCAGACAAACAAGGCCACCAAGGAUACCAAGGCCACCACGACCACUAUGGCCGCCUUGGCCAUCAUGGCCUCCAUGUGGUCGCUGUGGCCACCACUGGCACUGUGACCACUGCAGCCACCACAGCCACUCUGGCCACCAUGGUCACUGUAAGCACCAAGGCCACUGUGACCACCAUGAUCACCAAGAA